UUUACCCUAAAUUGCUAGAUCUUAUGAGGUGCAGUAGCUUCAUUUUUGUAUUAAACAAAGCCACAUGUUGGGACAGUUUUUGUAAUUUCAGGAGGAGCAGCUGCUUCAGAAGAAAAAUAAACGAGAUAAUGCUAACGAGGUUGAAAUUAUCAAAGAAUUCUCCGGUGGCUAUUGCUCUUCGAUCAGAUUUGAGCACUGGAUGGUGACCAGAGCUAACAAACACUGGUUUUAUGGUACUUUUCUAAAUGAAGAGACAGCCGUUGAAUUCUUUGGCGAUUCUUCGGAACCAAGAAAAGAAAAUGUUGUGAUGAUCCGUGGCUGGUUUCCACGAAUUUGUGCUCGUAAACUGUGA